AAGAUAGUUCUGUUGUUGGUGGGGGGUUUAGUUUAGUUGGGGUGUUUGUUAUGGCGUCGUCAGAUCGAAAGCUCAUUGUAGUCUCCGGAUUUGGUCCAUUUCUCGGUCACGAAGCGGUCAACGCCAGCUGGGAAGCUGUGAAACUGCUGCCGGAAAUCCUAACUCACGAUGGCAUAGAAUAUGAUCUGGAAAAGCGGUUGGUUUCGGUGGAAUACGGGGCUGUGGACGAGGCGGUGGCGGAGAUUUGGAAACGCCAGCCAUAUCUUGUUAUCCAUGUCGGUGUUUCGGGCGUUGCCAAGUGUGUAUACAUCGAGAAGCUGGCGUACAAUCACAAGUUCCGCCGAGCUGAUAAUUGUGAUAAAAAACUGGCCAACGGCACUUGCGAACUACCCAACAAUGGACAUGCAAAUGUCUUGAAGACCGAAUUAGAUGUGGAUAAGAUUGUGGCGGUUGUAAAUGAGAAUUGCGCCGAUUGUGUGGGACCCACACAACAGCCGACACAUAAUGAUAAUCUCAAAUCCCUGAGCGCCACAAAGGCAUCCAAAAAUGUGGGUGACUUUCUCUGCGGCUAUAUCUAUCUGAAAUCGCUCGAUAUGGACAGAAAACGAAGCCUGUUUGUCCAUGUACCUCCUGUAGAUAGGCCAUUUAGUAGUGUUAAGACUUCGGAAAUACUUUUUAGCAUAGUCGAACAAUGCAUUCAACAGGUGGUCGCUUUUGACUCCUGAAUUCCGCAAAAUAUUCUUCCAAUAUCUGUCUUUUUAAGAAUUAUUUACAUGUGUGCUGUUAAGUUGUUUAAGAAAUGAGUUUUAUUCUUUUUAAGAUACAAUAUUUUAUAUUUACUUUUUAUUACAAUGAAACAGAGAAGCAAUACAACUGCAUUAAUAAUUACACAGUCUUUUUUGCGUUUACAC